AUGUCGGACUUUGAGGAUGAAAUGGACAUUGAUGUCCCAGUGUCCAAGGACAUCAUGUUCGCUGCCACCAACACAGCAAAGGGCAAGCGAAGCGCCGCCAACCUGCCCGUCGAAGCAGAAGACAGCCUUCCAUGGGUCGAAAAGUACCGCCCCGUUUCGCUCGCCGAUGUGUCUGGUCACCAAGACAUCCUCGCAACCAUCAACAAAUUCGUCGACUCGAACCGGCUCCCCCAUUUACUUCUCUACGGUCCUCCCGGAACCGGUAAAACAUCCACCAUUCUCGCCCUUGCCCGACGAAUCUAUGGCACCGCCAACAUGCGCCAGAUGGUGCUCGAGUUGAACGCCUCCGACGACCGUGGUAUCGACGUUGUGCGCGAGCAGAUCAAGACCUUUGCCUCCACCAAGCAGAUCUUCACCCUCGGUUCCUCUGCUUCGCGAUCGGGUCUGGCUGGCUUCAAGCUCAUCAUUCUCGACGAGGCCGAUGCCAUGACCUCCACAGCUCAGAUGGCCCUUCGUCGCAUCAUGGAAAAGUACACGGCCAACACUCGCUUCUGCAUCAUUGCCAACUACUCCCACAAGCUCAGCCCGGCCCUUCUGUCGAGAUGCACAAGGUUCCGUUUCAGCCCUCUAAAAGAGAAGGAUAUUCGUGUUUUGGUAGACAAGGUCAUUGAGGAGGAGAACGUCCAGAUCAUGCCAGACGCUACCGAUGCGCUGGUCAAGUUGAGCAAGGGUGAUAUGCGUCGUGCGCUGAACGUGCUACAAGCCUGCCAUGCAUCAAGCACACCACUCCAACCAAAGGACGGCCCCAAGGUCGCCGAAAAGGACAUUGUACGGGAAACCAUCACUAUCCAAACCAUCUACAACUGCGUCGCCGCGCCACCACCCGACGCCAUCAAAAAGAUUCUCAGCACCCUUCUCAGCACAAGCGAUGUCACGACAUGUCUGUCCACAAUCAACACAUUGAAGAUCUCACAAGGCUUGGCACUUGCCGACAUCAUUACCGCUCUGUCUGAGGAGAUCGUCAAGCUAGAAGUCAAGCCCCAGGUGAUGAUCACAUGGCUUGAUGCUCUUGCGAAUAUUGAGCAUCGAGUAGCGAGCGGAGCAGGAGAGAUGAUCCAGACUGGCGCGGUAGUGGGUGCGAUACGGAACGGUGUCGAGUUGAUGGGUUGA